GGAUCUUGGCUGUUUCAAUUAGCAGUUGUUGAUAAUUUUUACUCUCGGCUAGACUGAACAGUAUAAUAUCAAUUUAGCGAUGGCUGUUUUAAAUAUCGUCAUUUACACAACAUUGUUUGUCGUUACUUCACUAGGUGCCGUGCAAGGUAUACCGAUUGAAAUCGAUGAAAAUCAGUGGAUAGUUGAUGCCCAAAAUUCUAUAAAAGGUUCUUUGUCAAAAAUAGAAUCGUAUGGAGUAGAAAAUGAAAAAAUUGUGACGAUUGCCAACCAAGCAUUCGAUGCAUUUACUAAGUCCGUGGAAAAUGACCUGUCUACAAUUAUUAAACAGGUGGAUGAUAUAAAGUCUGAAAAUUUACUGGGAUUAAAAACUCAAUUGAUGAAUUGGUCAGAUGGUUUGGAAAGACUAAAUAAAGGGUCAGACGUGAUUGAGAAUACGCCCGAUAAAGCAAUAGGAAAAUUUUACAUCACUAUAGAUUAUAUAUCAAAAGAAGUUAUUGGAUUUGCACAAAAUUACAAUUACGAUUCAACUGAAUCGAAUGAAAUUGUUGAGCAACUCAAAUGCUUACUUAAGAAAUCUGUUGCCAAGUUGGUAGAAUAUGCAAGUUCCGUAGAGGAUCAAGUUUCCGGGAUUUCUAAAAUCGAAUGAAGCAUGAAAAUAAAAUACUUGUCUAUUAAUUAUUAUAGUUCAUGAAAAAAUUAGUGUUCACUGUACUAACACAUAAAAAUAUUAUUUUUUUCCAACACAAUAUAUUAUACUUAGCACACCUAAUGUUUAUUUUUCGAUAAACUUGCACUCUCUUUAAAGUAUAUUUUUAUUGUAGCUAUAAGCAGAUUAAAAUAAAUAUGUAAAUUCCACCUAAAGCGACCAUUUACCUUGUGUAUCUAUUGAUGUGGCCCUGUAAAGGUUUAUAAAUUAUUUUUAACUAUACCUGCUCUGUCAAAAUACAAUUGAAAUUUCUGAUUCGCUUGAGAAUUGUAUUAUGUUAAUAUUUUGAAAAUAAAAAAUUAUUUUUGACUUCAAAAAAAUGUUUGAGUUAAUGAUACUCUAGUAAUACCAGUUAUAUCUUCCUCGUAUCUUUAUAACAUUAAAAAUAUUAUUAUAUUUUUGUUUCAUCAAACAGAUAAAAUGUAUUUAACAUUCUAAAGAUUCUUUAUUUAAAGAAAAAAUUAUAGCGAUUGAAAAUUUUGUGCGACUAGCGAUUGUAACAAAAUAAUGUAACCACAUAAGUAGGUAUACCUACUCGUUAACGUGUGUGCAC